AUGAAGAGUGAAGCUUCGGUCAAGACCGAAGCUUCCGUCAAGACCGAAACUUCCGUCAAGACCGAAGCUUCCGUGAACAAGGCCUCUAUCAAGACAGAGGGGUUUAGCACGGAACCUACCAGCGACUCUGGCAAACCGUUGCCGGCGCCGUCCUCGUCGACGCCCACGACACCCAAGUCCGGCUCUGACCCACUUCAAUCAGCAGCGAGCGUUGGUGAUGGUGGUGCUGUCUCCGCCCCUGCCACUGCGCCCGCCGUUGCCGUUACCGCUGCGGCUCCUCCUGCUGCUCCUGCCCCUGCCGCUGCCCCUGCUACAUCUGUGCCGAGCGGGACUUCGAAAGCUUCCCCAGCAGUGGCCGGAAAACAACAGGAGGAGGAAAAUGCUCGGGACUCGGCGGAGACCUUGUCGGAGCGAGGCAGCGCGGAGGGGGAGGGUGACUUGGACGACGCACUAUCGGGCGCCCUGUGCGCACCCCGCAAUGUUGGCAAUCCUCCCCCCGGUGCUGCUGUUGCCUCCGGCGAGCCAGCAGGGGACGCCUCCACGGAGGGGAUGGCUGGGAAGGACGUUUUGAAGCCCAAGGUGGGCAUCACCGCCGGUAGGGUCGAAGUGGAGGCCGGACGAAAGCAAGAGUAUUGGGGGGGGCAGUCGGAGGGCAUGUUCCGGAAGCGCGUCAGCGAAGAGCUCAAGGCCAUGCUCCGGAGUUGCGGCGGGAGGUGCGAGAUGAGCUCCAUUGCCAAGCUCUUCAAGCGUCGUCACAAGCGGGCUAUGAAUCUUCAGGGGAAGAAAGUAGUGGACUGUAUGGCAUCGGCUUAUACGGCCAUGGGCAAGACGGAGAGAUCCGACUGGAAGAAAAGUUUGUGGUAA